AUGCAAUGCUAUAUGCACAUGUAUCGACAAACAAGUUUAGUUGAUAAAAAGCUCAUGGAAAUUUCCGAAAAGGUGGACAUUGCUGUGCAGACUGAUCCAGUCAAAGUCUGUGAUUCGUAUACAAUGAUGGAUACAACAACAACUACAACAACAGCAUCUUACAUAAACAUUGGUUCACCAGCUAAACGACGUGCUCUUCAUUCGAUCUCGUCAGAUGGUAACACACCAUCUCAAAAUAACGAUACGAUUGAAAUGCCCCUUAUUCGUGUUCCAUUUUCGAGACGCUACUGCUUUAAUAAAAUAAGCCAGCUUACAAAAAUGAAUGACAAACUUGUUAAGGAAAAUGAACAGCUGCAUCAUUCAUUAGUGAAAAUUCAAUCUGAAUUGCUUGAAAAACUUCCUCUUACAAUUGAACAACAGCUUCAGGUAUUAAUUGGUUUGGGUGAAAAUACAUUAAAAGUCAAUGAUUUAGAAACAGAACAAUUAUUGACGUCAAUAACUUCUGCGGCAAUUACAACAUUUUCCGGUGCAUCACCAACCACCGCAACUACCAAUUUAAUCCGUUACACUCUUGAUUUAUUAAUAAAAAAUAAAAUUGAUAUGAAACUAUUUUGUGAUAAAUACUGGAAAAAUUUUGAACGUACAAAUGAUCAGGAAAUAUUAAAAUUAAAAAAAUUCUUUACAGAACUUGUAUUUGAAUCAAAGUCAAUUGUUUUGAUCGAACAUUUGGCAGAGUCAAUUAAACGUCAAGUAUCAUAUAAAUCUGAACUUAAUGAUUUAUUAGUCAAUCUAGGUAAAAGAACUAUUGUUAAUGAAAAUGAUCCUCUCUGUGCAUCAAUGUGUAGUAUUAUCGGACAAUUAGUUGUAACAUAUUUUACAAGUUCGUUGAUUUAG